AUGAGUGGCCACACCAAGGUGCCCCGAUACUCCAAUGGCUCUGCUCGAACCUGUCAAAACUGUGCUAGAGCCAAGAUCCGAUGCAUUCGUUCCACCACGACAGGGAGCUGUGAUCGUUGCGAUCGGUUGGGAAAAGCCUGUCAUUUCCAGCAAGGUCGAAGAGCGAUUGGAGUCGCCAGCGAAAGCAGUAGCAAAGACAGAAGAAUGGAUGCGCUCGAAGCCAAGCUGGACCGACUGCUUGCGCAGUCAAACGAUGCAACUGUGUCAGGAGCAAGUCAGACUGACGAGAAUCCUGCUUUUGCUCCAACGCAGCUCAAAGAUGUGAUUGAUAAGGGAGUCCUUACUAUCAACGCGGCGAACCUGCUUUUACACGAGUACCGAACCACCCUCAUGCCUUAUUGUCCAUUUGUGAUAAUCCCGCCGCACGCGACCGCAGCAAACCUGCGCAAGGAGAAACCGUUUCUGUUUCUCACUAUUCUCACUGCGGCUUUGUACGAUAACAUGCCCCUGCAGCGGACGUUGGAGGUUGAAGUCAAGAGGAUCAUCAGUAAAUGUAUGAUCUUCGACGGGUCUAUGUCUUUUGAGAUACUUCAAGGGCUUCUGGUUCAUCUUGCAUGGUGCCAGUACCACUCACGGCCGCGCCGAUUUUCCCAAUACCUGCAUCUCGCGAUCAGUAUUAUCACAGAUCUUCAGCUUGACCGUGCCCCAGAGUACCGGUUUUGGAGAACAAGGGUGAAUUUCGAUGGUGAAGCCGACUCGAAUACGAUCUCAUGGGGAAAUGAAGAAAGAAGAGCUGUUAUCGGAACCUUCUGGUUCUCUUCCGGCAUCUCUCAGAUACUGCAGAAGCGAUCUUCAUUUUCGUACAGCCUUUAUCUGGAAGCUGCAUGCGCGCUCUUGGCAUCAAACGUCGAAUACGAUUCGGAUCGGCAUUUGUCGCAUAUGGUUCAACUUCAGCGGCUGUCCGAGAAAAUCCUUCCAAUAUCCUCGCAGCGUGCCCCUGAUGCUCAGAGCGAAAAUUUCGUUGAAGCAUACUAUCGGGAAAUUCGGUCAGAACUCGAUUUGUACCAAGCUCGACUUCCGUUCUUACUCACUGAGAACCAUCUUCUCUUCAUGCAGUUCCAGACCGUGGAACUGUACCUCUGUCAGGUCAUCUUAUUCGACUAUAAACCUAGCGCUCAACACCCACGGCAUGAUUCCCCGUUCCAGAUCGAAGCCCUGCGCAUGGGUCUUACCGCAGCACGCACAUUGCUGGAAUUCUAUAUCUCCCUUCCCCUUCGCCGAGAAGUCGCCUUCAAUAACGCCAAUUGGGUGCAGCUCGGCUUCGCAGUGACACUUGCCUGCAAGCUCGUCGUCACCGCCUCGGAGCCCUCCAUCUAUCCCCAUACAGCUGAUCUCACCCGUGCACUGAAUCUCUCCAAUAUGCUGAGGCGGUGCGUCCUGCGCAUCCAGGCACUCGUCACGUCCCUUAUGGACGCGCGAGGUGACCGCGAUGUGUUUUAUCACUACGGAAAGAAAUUGAAACAGGCGCAAUGGUGGUUCGAAAGUCGGAUCCUGUCUCGAUCAUCCCAGAAUGAAUCCUUCCCGGCCGCGGUCUAUUCCUCUGCCGAUAUGAGCGACUCACAAGCGACAAGGGAGGAGCUAGACGACUAUCCUGCCAUUCCCGGAGCCGAAGUUGAUUUCCAAUGGCCGGGUUUGUUUCCCAAUACGUAUGAUGAUCUCUUUGGUGGUUGGAUGGCGCAGGGCUCAGCCGACUUGUUGUAG